AUGUCGGUCAUCGCAAGAUUCCCCAAAUCGGACCCCCCGCUGACGGCUCUGGUCACUGCCGAGUUCGUGCCGCAAGACAAGAAGACCGGCAUCAAGUUCACUCCCAAGAAUGACAAGGAUCAGGAGAUCACCGAACUUGCCUUCUUCCCGCAAGGAGACGUGCUGAGGGGCGAUCACGUGAUCGCGCGUUACAUCUCGAGGCAGGACCCCUCGAAGGGUCUUGCUGGUGAGGAUGCCAAGGCCCAGAGCAACGUGGACCAGUGGCUCGAGCUGGCGCUGGUGCGUCUGUCGAAGAAGGUCACCGACGAGGAGGCCUUCAACGCCGCCCUCCGCCUGCUGGACGCCCACCUGACCCUGCGCACGUUCUUCGUGGGCUACGGCGUCACCCUGGCCGACAUCGGCGUGUGGGGCGCCCUCAAGCUCCACCCCCUCUGGGCCAAGGCCUCCCAGACCAAGCAUGCCAACGAGCACCUCGUCCGGUGGUUCAAGUACGUGGACUCGCUGCCUCAGUUCGUGGCGGUGUCGACCAAGUACGCCGGCGGUACUGUCAAGACCGAGGAGGCUGCGGCCGCGGCUGGCGCGGCUGCCGGUGGGCGCAAGGCGGCCUCCAAGGCCAAGUACCAGGAGCUCGAGGGCGCUGAGGAGGGCAAGGUCGUCACUCGGUUCCCUCCGGAGCCGUCGGGCUACCUCCACAUGGGCCACGUCAAGGCCGCUCUGCUCAACUACCACUAUGCCCACAUGUACAACGGCAAGCUCAUCCUCCGCUUCGACGACACCAACCCCACCAAGGAGAGCAACGAGUUUGUGGAUAGCAUCACUGCUGAUCUGGCCACCCUGGGCAUCGUGCCGGCGAAGAUCACCUACACGUCCGAUUACUUUGACCUCAUCAUCGAGAAGGCCGAGUACCUCAUCAAGAAGGGCCUCGCCUACAUCGACACCACCCCCAACGAGGAGCUCAAGACCAUGAGGAAGGCGAUGAUCGAGUCCCCCUUCCGUAACCAGCCCAUCGAGGAGAGCCUCCGCCAGUGGCAAGAGAUGAAGCUCGGCUCGCCCGAGGGCCAGAAAUGCGUGCUGCGCGCCAAGAUCGACAUGCAGUCCAAGGUCGGCUGCAUGAGGGACCCCAACAUCUUCCGCGUGGUUCUCAUUCCUCACCACAGGACUGGAUCCAAGUACAAGGUGUACCCGAUCUACGAUUUCGCGUGCCCCAUCGUGGACUCGAUUGAGGGUGUGACCCACGCCGGUCGGUCCAACGAGUACCACGACAGGGAUGGCCAGUACAAGUGGUUCCUCGAGAACCUCGACCUGGCGCACCACCCCAAGAUCAAGGACUUCAGCCGACUCAACUUCCAGUACACUCUGCUCUCCAAGCGUAAGCUGCAGUACUUCGUCGACAAGGGCAUCGUCGAGGGCUGGAACUCUCCUGCCUUCCCCACCCUCCAGGGUGUGCUGCGUCGCGGUCUGACGGUGGAGGCGCUGCGCGAGUUCAUCAUCGCCCAGGGCUCGUCGUCCCGCACCAACCUCCAGGAGAUGGAGAAGCUGUGGGCGCUCAACAAGCAGAUCAUCGAUCCCGUCAUCCCCCGCUACACCGCCAUAGAGACCAGCAAGAAAGUGCCGUUCCACCUCACCAACGGCCCUGCCACGCCCUACACCAAGUCGGUGCCUCGCCACCGCAAGAACUUGGAGCUCGGCGAGAAGGUCCUGACCUUCACCAACACCGUCUACCUGGAGCAGGAGGACGCCAAGAUCCUCAAGGACAAUGAGGAGUUCACGCUGAUGAACUGGGGUAACGCUAUCGUGAGGAAGAUCACCAAGUCCGACGACGGCGUGGUGACCGCCAUGGAGGGCGAGCUGCACCUGGAGGGCGAUUUCACCACCACCAAGUGGAAGCUCACCUGGCUGCCCGUCAUCGACGAUCUCAUUCCAGUCGACCUGCGCAAGUACGGCUACCUGAUCACCAAGUCCAAGCUGGCCGAGGACGAGGACUUCAAGCAGUGGGUCAACCCCAACAUCAUCAGCGUGACGAGCACCCUCGGCGACCCCAACCUGAGGCUGGCCCAGAAGGGCGACCGGCUGCAGCUGGAGCGCAGGGGCUACUUCAUCGUCGACCAGCCCUACCUGGGCUUCGACGCCGCCCAGCCGCUCGUGCUCAUCCAGAUCCCCGAUGGCCACAAGGAGGAGAUCGCCGAUACCUCUUCCGCUGCCGCCGCCGCCGCGCCUGCCAAGGGCAAGGCCCAGCAGGCCAAGAACAAGAAGGCCGCCGCCCAGUAA